AUUUCCUUCCGUUUUCCCGAAUGUCGCAAAGAAGGGGGAUGAAAUUUGCGCACGCUCCCGCAUAUUUCCGCAUGUUCGCCAUAGAGUUUCCUCAUGGAUUUUUCCCGUUUGUGAAACCGGCUUCUGCACCCGCCCCCUGCCGGUGGAAAACUCGAACCAACACGCUGCGUUUACAAAUAACAUCCUAUAUUAGGGAAAACGAGAAAAUUUCGGUUUGUUUUAUAUACACCCCGCCGAUCGCUGAACAUUUUUUUUACAAAUGAAACUUUCGAGUAAGAAUUGAGUUUGAGUGUAACAUUUUUUGAGUUUGACUUGUUAAGUAGUGGAGUUUGAAAUCGAUUUAAAAAAAUUAUUGAUCAUAGAGACAUGACGACGUUUGUUCAACCCUAAUGUGUUCGCAUUUUUGUGAUGUACGUGGUGUUGUUUUCGCGACCAAAAAAUUUUUAAUUAAUCGUUAUAAUAUACCUUUUUCAAUAUAGUCUAUUAGCCGAGUUAUGUUAUUUUAAAAAAUCUAUAAUAACAGUUAUUUGUUAUCCUAUACGAAUUUUAGUAGUCCAAUUUGUUUUUUUUUACAUCCGAAUUAGUACAACUAUUUUAUUUUGCUGCCCCUUUAUAAAAUUCUUAUUACAAUAAGCAAUACCAAAUUUUAAAAAAAAAUAAUAAUAAACCUCUUUUAAAUAAGACUGUAAACCCAGACUGAAUUCGACUGAUCAACCAUCGGCUUGACUGAAUUUACACCAGAAAUUUUCAUUAAACCAAGUUCGGGCGUUUGAUUUUCUUUGGUGUUUUUUGAUGUUAACGAUUUUGAUACUCACUUUUACUCGUCGUCGUCGGUAAAAUAAUAUUUAAACAUAAAAAAUUGCGUCGUCAUAUUUAAUCGUACGUCACACGGAGGGCUCGAAAAUCAUAAAACUGGCGGGCCAACAGGAUAAUCAAAUAAUCACAAUCGAACUCCAGGAGGUUGAGGAUGGACAACCGCCACCGGCGGCAGAGUCUCCUUCGCCUAAUCCUCAACCUCCUCCGCAGCAGACGCAGGAGGCGACGACACCGUCGAAUUCUUCGAGUCGACCUGCUGCCACAACAUCUCCACCUAAUACUAUGACAGCACAAAUCGAGAUAAUCCCAUGUAAAGUGUGCGGCGACAAGAGCAGCGGCGUCCACUACGGCGUGAUCACGUGCGAGGGCUGUAAAGGGUUCUUCCGAAGGUCUCAGAGCUCGGUGGUGAACUACCAAUGUCCGAGGAACAAGAACUGCGUGGUGGACCGGGUAAAUCGGAACCGGUGCCAGUAUUGUCGGUUGCAGAAGUGCCUCAGGCUCGGCAUGAGCCGAGAUGCGGUGAAAUUUGGCCGUAUGUCAAAAAAGCAACGCGAGAAGGUCGAGGAUGAGGUCCGAUUUCAUAGGGCGCAGCUCAGGGCUCAAAACGACUCGGCGCCUGACAGUUCGGUGUUUGAACAACAAACGCCGUCGAGUAGCGAUCAGUUGCAUCACAGCUACAAUGGAGGUUACCCUGCCUACAACGACGUAGGUUCGUACACUCCCGCCUACUACCCCGGACAGACGCAAGUACCUGCGUCGACCAUGGGCUACGACAUUUCGGCCGAUUUCGUCGACAGUACCACGGCGUACGAUCCGAGGCCGGGUCUGGACGCGCUCAGCGACACUGGAAGCCUUAUAGCUAGUGUUGUCACUACCGGCACUAACACGAGCAACGGUGGCGGUGGUGGUGGGGGUGGAGGUGGUGGGGGUGGAGGCGCGAAGUCCUCUUCUACGUCACUGCCCCUUUCUCCAGAGUCGCGACCCUUUAAACGCAUAACGCAGACAGCGUCAUCUACGAACUUGUCUGGAGGAACCACGGUGAUUUCGAUAAAACAAGAAAACACCUCAGUAGACGCUCUGCAGGUGCCUAGUUAUGUGGAUAGUACCACGUACGUCAGUUCGCCAAUUGCACAGGGUACGUCGACGACAAGACAAGGACAACAGCAUACGGGCAACGGUGGUGGUGAUGAGUGCGAACCUGUUAUCGUACCCAAUCCAAGUCAGAUAUCAGAACUGCUUUCGAAAACAAUAUCAGACGCACACACCCGCACGUGUCUCUAUUCAAUCGAACACAUCCACGAGAUGUUCCGAAAGCCGCACGACCUUUCCCGUCUGCUCUACUACCAGAACAUGGCGCACGAAGAACUGUGGCUAGACUGCGCCCAAAAACUGACCACCAUCAUUCAGCAAAUCAUCGAGUUCGCCAAAAUGGUGCCCGGUUUCAUGAAGCUGAGCCAGGACGAUCAGAUCGUGCUGCUGAAAGCGGGCAGCUUCGAGCUGGCCAUCAUUCGUAUGUCACGCUACCUGGACCUGUCGCACAAUCGCGUUCUGUACGGUGACACUAUGUUGCCCCAGGAUGCGUUCUAUACAUCAGAUACGGCUGAAAUGAAGCUGGUCAGUUGCGUGUUCGAAGUGUCCAAAGGAUUGGCGGAACUGAAACUGACCGAAACGGAAUUGGCGCUGUAUUCGGCUUGUGUUUUAUUGUCUCCAGCCGAUUCUGUUUUAGAUCGGCCAGGACUGAAAGGCAUAGCCGAGAUUGGCCGACUGAAUCAAGCCGUACUCAGAGCAUUGAAACUGGAACUCGACCGAAAUCACACCAUUCCCAUUAAGGGCGACGUGACUGUUUGUGAUGCCUUGCUUACUAAAAUACCUAAUUUGAGGGAAAUUAGUUUGCUGCAUAUGGACGCGCUGGGUAAAUUGAAAAGAUCGGCGCCUCAUUUGGACUUUCCGGCACUGCACAAAGAGUUGUUCAGCGUGGACAGUUGAAAAUUUAAUAGUCUUUUAUCGAGCUCGUGCGGCAGCCCUGUGUAGCUACUAAUUUCCUUCAUACUGAUUGUAUCGGCCUUAAAAUGCAUAAAUUUUAAACAAAAAUAUACAUACAUAAAUUUCGUUAAUAAUUAAUUAUUGUGAAAUAUGGAGAAAGGAAAAUUAUUAAUUGUUGUGAAUUGGUAGUAGGUAGGCAGCAAAUUUUCCCAAAUGUUUCAAAAACCGCAUCAAAAAAAAAAAAAAAAAAAAAACCGCAUCGGACUGUGAUAAAGAAGCUAGGCCCUGAUUUUUAAAGUACAACUUCUUGUUUGUUGUUUGUUAUUUGUAGGGGAGCUGUUCGAUCAGGCCUCCAAUUGUUAUUCUAUACAGUGAGUUUAUAUUUAAAUGGUGCUGACAUUAAAAAAGGUAAUGUCUCUUUGCGGUUUUUUUUCAAAAGGGGAAAAUAUGGAAUUUGUCAGGAGUUGUUGGCGGAAUGAGAAUUCCUCAAAUAAAAUCACUACUGACAAAAUUCAUUUGUCUUAAACUACAAAAGAAUUUUUACGCUCUUAACAGAGCCACCAUGUUCAUAAAUAGUAAAGAUUUUAAAUCUAGUUUAAAAAAAAAAAACUCUUUAGCGUUUUAGAAAGUGCGUUUAUAUUAUACAUAUACUUACUGAUGAAUUUAUCAUAUUUAAAUAAUUUAAAAUGGCAAAAUCACUUCUCUUAGUUUAUAGUGUAGUAGCUGAAAAAAGAAAUAAAACUACAAUACAAUUAUAGAAGACUGUAUGCUUGUAUGUAUGGGUUUUUACUAUUUUUGACACACGGUGCUCCGAUUUUAUUUUUAUUUUUUUCGACUUUUUUAUUUUUGUUUUGUUGUUUAGUUGACACUCGAUUUUAUAUAAAAAAAUUAUAUUAAAAAGAAAACUAAAAGAGUAUAAUUAUUAUGUAUAAAAGAAGAAUUUAAAUAAUGAUGAUAUAGAUUAUAGAUAUUUAUGACAUUAUUAUUAAUUAACAAUAAUAAUAUAAUUAAUAAGAAUAAUUAACAGACUUUACCUGAUUUUGACUUUCAGCUUUUUAUUCGAAGAACUGACCUGAACUGAUGGAAUAUUUGAAAAAGAACUUUUAAUCUGGAUUUUUUUUUUUUUAAAUUUGUGUUAAAAAUUUAAAUGGUUUAAUAAUUUUCACUUGAGUUUACGUUUUUUUGAUUCAAAUCUUUCCAAAUUGGAUUUUUCUCUAUAGAGUUUCUCUUUUGCUGCAUGUUUAGAUAAUCAAUAUCUGUAUAAGGACCUUAUUUUAAAUGUUUAUAUCUUUCUUCCUCUCACCUUUAGGAAAAAUCCAGACUAAAUGAUAUCUUUUUGAAAUAUUAAAAUAUAAAUCAUUGUUGUUCACUUAUAAAAACAAAUUUAAAUAAAUUUAAUAAAAAUAUAAAAUAAUUAUUACAAUUAUGGAGAUUACAUAAACACAACAUUGUUUAUGUUAUUAGGUUUAGGGGUAGAUUUUUUUGAUAGAUGCAUAUUUUAUUCAAAUUUAGAUACUUAAAUUAAUAAUGAUUUACUAACUGCCCCUAUUUUUAAGUCGUCAGCAAUCUAAAUAAUAAAAUAAUUUUAUAGAUUAAAAGCUACAUUUGUCGAGUAGAAAGCUUCGGACUUUUUGGCACAUUUUUUUCACUUGAAAGUGAUCAAAAGGAAGAAUAAGUAAUAAAAGACUGCAGCCUGUUAUAUUUAUAUAAAAUACCCAUUUUUUUUAGGUUAUUCGGCACCCACUUGUACCCAAAAUUAACUUUUAGAGAGUAAUUUAGAAAAUUUUUACUGUCGUUUUUCUUUUGGGUUAGUUUUUUAACUAUACGUAUUUAGGGCUAGACAUUUUUGAAUACUCAAAGGCAGCAUUCGAUUUUUCAUAUUUUCUGGUUUAGGAUUUUUUAAAGAAACUGGAUGGCUCUGCAAAAGUUGGAGUCCGCGCUGUAUUGACUUUACGACUGUCCAAAACUCACCUUGAAAUCGUAUGGAAUAUUAUGAAUUUGAAUAUAUUUUAGAAUCAAUGUUAGAGGGAAAUACUGGAAAAUUGUAAAUAUUCAGUCACUAUUUUUCAGUGCAAUAAUCAAAAUUCAAAUACCAAUGGCAAUAUGGCUAAAAACUUUAAUUCAAUUAUUAAUAACUGUUUAGAUACAGAACGAACAUUAUCUCCAACUUAUGUAGAGCUUCAAAAGUAGCUCAUCAAAAAUUGGGGAUCUGAAGCAAAUGUUGAAUUUAUCCCUUAAUUUUUGAUUAGCAACAUCUUCAUUUUUUAACCAUAUUUAUAUAGUAUAAGCAAGCUUUUCAAUUACCUAUUUUAAGAAUACAAAUUCAGUCAAAAUUUAUUUUGGUGUGUGCAAUAAAUGGCAGCGUCAAAAAAUGAAGUGAAAUUUUCAUUGUUCCACUUCAUUUUUUCACCAGCGUACAAUUGCGAAUCUAACUGUUCAGUGUUUAUGCAAUUUCUUUAUUUAUUCGAAAUGCCAGGAAAAUAGUUCUAAUGUUUAAGUUUUUAGGUUUAAAAAUUUUGGCUUUAACAUUUAUUGUGCAGUGACAGAGCCGACGUCAGAAUUUGAUUUUUUUUUACUUGUACGAGGACGAAUCUUGUGCCUUUUUAUACUAAUCUAUGUCCCAAAAGACUUUAUAAUGAAAUUUAACUUUACCCUCGUAUUUGGUCAAUAAAUAUUUUAACCCCAGUGAUUUUUCAUACAUGGAAAUAAGGUAGAUUUGGAGCAAAGCUGCUUUAUAGUAGUCUUGUCAUUUUAUUAGAAAUUUACAUCACACAAAAAUGUUUGUGUUCAUCGUUCAUUAGCACACGUAUCCAUGCAAGUAAACUUAUUUCUAUUGGAGAAAUAAAUCUAAAAACAACCUUUUACCCAAAUGAUGAGCAAUUUCAAUUAAUUAUUCAAACCUUCACAAUUUCACCAGAAAAAUUAAGCAACUACUGAUCAUCAAAUUUUAAAAAUAAGCAUGUUAACUACUGAUGAAUGAUGAACGCAUCCAAAUACCAUCAACAAAAAUAAAAUCAAAUGAAGCUUUAAACUAAUUUAAACGAAAUUCUGACGUACGUCGGUUAUUGGCACUGUGGCUGUAGAUUUUGUAAUAAAUCACGUCAGACGUGCAUUACGAAAUUGUUACAGUCGAAAAUUUUUGUAAAAAGAAAUCAGGGUUGGCAGAUGGGUUAAUGGUUUACGCUACUAUCUUUUUAUUUGUUAUAUACAUACCUAAUCAUUUUUUUUAAAUGCUUAUUUAAAUGUUUAAAAUAAUUUUUAUUCAUUUAGGAUGUACCCUUUGAUUGAAAAGUUGUACAUUUUUUUUUAUUUAUUAGAAUUAUUACUACUGGUGAAAAUUUUUUUUUAGUGUAGAUGUUGCUAACCUUAUUUUUGUUUAUAUAUUUUAUUAUUUCUGUUGGUAUAUGUAAUGCAAUUAGUUUUGCUAGUUUUUGUUAAAUAUUUUUGUUAUAUACAUACGAUUUUUUAGCGGUAAUUAAUUAAUUGAUAUUUUUAUAUUUUUAGCCUUUGACUUGUAGUUGGAAAUGAUUAUUAUUGAUUUUAAAACAAUUAAUAUUAUGUGUUUAUGUAAGAUGAACUUUUUUUUCAUUGUAAUAAAAUAAAAGUGCAAGUUUUAAAACAAUAUAACAAAAAUAUUUGCGAA